GGUUCGGAGGAGUGAACUGUGCCGUUAGUGCGUCUUUCAGCCUCACCUGCAGCUGCAACUCCCUGCACCUGCACCUUUGCUUUCCUCCCUGCACAGCGACGCUGACUCGGAGUGUGACGCUCGCUGCGCUCCUCAUGGCCUACCCGGGAUACGGAGGAGAGUUUGGAAAUUUUAACAGUCAGAUGCCAGGAGCAGGUCCAGAUGUGAUCCUUGGUGGAUACUCUGGGUACCCAGCAUAUUCAGACCCUUAUUCCUCAGCUGAUGACACCAUGUAUGCUUACUUCAGUGCUGUUGCUGGACAGGAUGGUGAAGUGGAUGCUGAUGAACUUCAGAGAUGUUUGACACAGUCUGGAAUUAACGGCACUUAUUCUCCCUUCAGUUUGGAAACCUGUAGAAUUAUGAUUGCCAUGUUGGAUAGAGAUUACACAGGAAAAAUGGGAUUUAAUGAAUUCAAAGAGCUAUGGGCAGCUCUUAAUGGCUGGAAGCAAAACUUCAUGACUGUUGAUCAAGACCAAAGUGGCACAAUAGAACAUCAUGAGUUGGGUGAAGCCAUUGCUCUCAUGGGUUAUAGGCUGAGUCCUCAAACAUUAACUGUUAUUGUUCAACGUUAUAGCAAGAAUGGCAGAAUUUUCUUUGAUGAUUAUGUUGCUUGCUGUGUGAAGCUUCGAGCAUUGACAGAUUUCUUUAGGAAAAGAGACCACUUGCGACAAGGGUUUGUGAAUUUCGCAUAUGAUGAUUUUUUGCAGGGCAGUAUGGCAAUUUGAAUGUCUAGAAUUCUAAACCUGAAGAGACACUGUGAAUUCUUUUGCUUGGAGGAAGUGGACUGGACUACUUCAAAAUUUUUAAGGUUUUUUCCGUGUUCUUCCUACCUGUUGAAUCUCUUCCCUUUCUGUGUGUUUUUAUUUUAGCAGGUAGUUCAAAGCAAUAAAAUAUUUUUUUUUUUAAUUUGGGAUAUUACUGCUUUUGGAAAGUUACCAUUUUACAGAUAUGUGCAUAUUGUCAUAAAAUAUUUGUGUAUGAUUGAUUUAAAUAAUGCUUAGCCUUAAUUUUUAACCAUGUAAACUUAGAGGAAUGUACUUAAAAGAUAGAUUGUAUAAGAAGUCAAAUGAUAAAAGCCUAGAAAAAAUUAAUUUAUACUUAUCUGAAGGUUACAAAUUAGACUUUUAAAUUUUGUUUGCAGUUGGUGGUGUUUGAGGGUCAGCUAGAAAUGAAAGCCUGGAUUUUGUGCUAUGUUCAUAAUAUAGUUUGUUCCUUGAUCAAAUAAUAGGAAAGGAAACUUAGAACUCUUUGUCUGCAAAGAAGAAAAUUAUCUUCCCAGUCAAAUCUGUGAUGAAAUAAGACUACAAAAGGCAUAAUUUUCCUUUUUUAUUUUUUGUAAUAUGUUUUUCUUCAGUAUGUUAUAUUGUCUUCUCGAAGCAAAAAGUUCUUAAUAAACAUAGUAUUUCUCUUUACACCUUGUUCCAUUAGUGAAGACAUAGUUCACCUAAAAUGGCAUCCUCCUCUAAAUCUAGACUUUUUGGAAAUGGCACAUAUGAUUGGUGAAAUCAACAUUCAAAUUCAUCCUAACUAAAUUAACCACUCUAAUUGUUCAGAAAUUAUACAUUUGACUUAUUUGACAACAUUAGUGGUGGCUUUGCCAUUGAAAACACCAGUAAAUAUUUUGAAUGCAUCUAGGUAAUUUGGGGUUUUGAGUAUAGUAGACACCACAGCAAUUUUUCUGAGUGAUAUUAAAACUGUCAAAAAUGCAAAGUAGAAUCACCAGAUCUUUAGUGCUUAAUAUCCCUAGUAUAAGAUACUACAAUUAAUGUAAUUUAUUUUUUGCCAAACACCUUGUGUCUUAGUGAACAUUUAAUAAACUACAUAUUCUU